GAGAAGUGGAGAACACAUCCAGAAGCAUAAACGAAAAAUGGAGCUACCUAUCCACUCUUCUUGUUUCGUGAAAAGACACACACCAUCUCUUCUCCGUCCGCGUCUGCAAUUCCCCACCCAAAUCAGUCUUACAGUGAGGGUUGAAUCAUCAGCACAAGAUGAGAGUACAAAUGAAGGAAUUGAAGAGAGUUCCUUUUUGGCUCCUCCCAAGAAAUCAACUGAAGCAGGACUUGGCUUCGGUUCUUCUUCUCCUUCUAAUGGUAAACUCAGAGAAAAAGAGGGUACUGUAAGUAAUAAAAGGAAGGGUAAGAGAAAUAGUGAGAGGGCUUCUUCUAUAAUUCGUCUAUCCCCAGUAGAGAAACCCGCUUUUCUCUCCCAGCAGCAGGGAGAAUCUCAGUCCGAGGAGCAGAACAGGAACGAGAGCGCUUUUCUACUCACUUGGUUGGGUCUCGGUUCCCUUUUCCUCGUCGAGGGUAUUCUUCUUGCAGCAUCUGGUUUCCUGCCAGAAGCAUGGGAUCAAUUUUUCGUGAAAUAUCUGUACCCAUCCUUCACUCCAACAGUUUUCUUGUUUGUGGGUGGUACAGUCACAUAUGGAGUUUUGAAGUACUUACAGACUGAGGAAAAGAAAAGUUGAAGAGACUUUAUUGCAAGUGCAAUGGUAGAGUUAUAAUGAGGCCUAGCCUGUGUCAAGGGCUCUUGACCAUUGAUUAUCUUCUUCUAAUUUUGCAUCUACCUGUAACUUUAUACAGAGGUAUAAAGUGUAUUGCAAUGAAAAAAAGUGGCAGGUGACACGCAGAAAGCUGCACUUCAAAUUUCUAGAUGUUGA